GCAGUUUAAAGUCUUGGAGAUGUGAACCAGACUUGUUGGAAAGAGACUUAUGCCUGAUGUAAUGAGAUAAAUUAGUCAACCAGCCAGAUACAGAAACAGAACACAAAUGAAAAUGCUAACAAUGCUAAAAAUGUAAAAAUGCUCAAUAUAAUACAACAUGAAAUGCUGGCUCAAACGUUAAGUCUCUCAUAAACUCUUUAGUAUAUAUAAAUAAGCUCUUUAUUCUAAUCUAGGCUAGUUAAUCUAGUAUAAGCUUUUUGCUGUACAGUUUAUCUGUCACUCUGAGUCUUGCAGUGUUGCCUCUUGUUUCCAGUCUCACCUUUUGCCACUGUGGGGGUACAGCAUUGAUGCAGAACACAUACAUCCCAAAAAUGGUGUGAGCCUGGGAAAAAUAAAUAAUGACGGGAUGUGGGUGGGAGGCUGACUUGUCUUUCCCAGCACAAUAAAUACUUGUGAGAAACUAUUCCUCACAUGUGUUCUGGCAAAUGUUGAAAAACAGAUGCCCUAAGUAUGAGAUUCUCCCACUGAAACUGAGCAGUAUUUUACUGUGGCUUAGUCUGUCACUUUAUAGGUUGCUCUGACUUAAUAGUGUCCUCUAUUAUGGUGCUUCAAGAAGAGACCAAAGGGAAAAUCACUGUGAUCCAAGAAGCCAAAACCUUUUCUUCCUGUCUGUGGAAGGGAAGGGCUGUUGACUUGUAUCAGUCAUUCUUAAGGAGCAGAGAACAGCAUUAAGAUUCUCUGCCUGAGGUGUGAAUGCUUCAUCCCCAUGGAGGUGGGAAGUUGCAGCCCCAUAGAGACGAUGUGUACCUCUAGCUUACUGCAACUAGAAGUGAAGGAAUCACUCAUAGCUGGUUUGGUCUUUUCUCAGAUUUACCCAAGAAACAGCCUUCACCCCUCUCAGCAGCCACCAGUGAAAUCAGAUGGAUUACUCAUUCCAUAAGGCUCGCAUCUAUUAAUGCUUAAACAACGAUGACAGAAUUCAGUCCUAUAUAGUAUUUUCAACAUGCCAUGUCAAAAAUCUGCCCUUCUGAUUCUGACAGCCAUUAAUUUUGUAGUGUAGUCUUUCAUAUUGCAGUGUGCACAUUAAUAUCACUUUAUUCAUUAGGAGAAGGGCACAGCUGGAGCAAUCUGCAAGGGGCCAGCAUGUGACAUAAGGGAGACACAAAAACAUGGAACUAGAUUGGGUAAGUCAAGGAACAGGCUGCUUUCUAGUUUAUUUUUUGAGCCAUGUGUCUGCUCUGGUACUGCUCCUGUGUUCACCCUGCUGCAAACCAGAGAGCAGGGAAGGAUCAGUGGAAAAGGGGUGGAUACUAACACUUGGUUCUUGCCCUGAUGCAGAAAAGCUCUUCUCUCAGGUCACAAUGCCUUUAGUUAUCUUCAGUGCCUAUCAGAUAGCAUACCAAAAAAUGACUGUCAGAGUUUUGGAUGAAGAGUUCAAAACAGUAGAUUGACAACCAUGAACUCUGAGUAUCUUCUGGGAUUUGCUCUCAGAGGAGCUGGGAGAUCCCUGCUGUCACUGGAGCCACCAGCAGGAUUUCAAUAGCUGGGAAGGGAGGGGGGUGGACAGAGAAAAUAAAAGUACAUCUUAAUAAACAAGGUCAGUGCAGCUGCUCCUUGUGUAGAUAUAAUUCUCCAGCAUGGGAUAGAGAGUUCCUUACACAAUUAGCUUUAGUGAAAGUAGCUAUUGAAAGAGACAACACAGAUUGUAUCACUGUGUAAAUUAUUGAGCUGAUGUUCUGGAGACAACAGAGAAAGCCCUUCUUUCUUCUGUCCUGAGGAUGGUGACUGUGAAAGACUAUACGGGCUGCUUGAAAGUUGCACCUCCUGUAGACUCUGCUUAAAUAAUUAAUUUGCAAUAUUCAUAAGCCAGAAGAUAUGUUUAAUACAUAGAAAAACAGGAAGAUGUGAGUUGACUCAGCUGUGUUUCUUUCUGGCUGUGGGUGAAGAUGUUGUUGAAUAAAUAACAACAACAAAAAGGUGUUUACUGUUUAUUUGAAUAAUAUUUCUGAACAGUAGUUGUUGUCAUUAGUGAAUCACAGCCCUUCAUGUCUGUAGAUGCAUAAAGAGCAGUCUCCCUUGAUAUAUGUUUUUCUUAGCAUCUGCAAUAGGACAGUGAAUACCCAGGAUGUGAGUAGGAGAGCUGCAGUGCAGCUGAUACCACAAGUGUCCCUCACCACAUACAAAAGGGGAAUGGAGGGCACUCUUCCCCAGCACUCACCUGGUUUCAGGGGGCGGUAAGUUCUUCUUGUCAUAGGUCAACAUUCAGGCUAGCUUCCGUCAGGACCUGUCCUCAAACUGGGUUGAGUGUUUCCUCCUCCAGCCCUGGGGAGAACCACAAUCACAGUGAUGGGAGGUGAAGCAUUACUGUGUGUCCACAGAAACCUCUAGCCAAAUGAGCCUGCCUACUGCUUCAGAAGCAACACUUUACAUGCAGUCACCUCCCAUACUGCAGCAUUCAGCACUGCGUGUGGCAUCCCUUCUCCCAGAGCACAUCCUUGCCAUCUGACAAGCCCUUACCCAAGACCCCUCCAACUGUGGAAGCUUCUUGCAGCAGUGCAGGUGAGGGAGGCAUCAUGUCUGGGGGCGGAGGAGGCAGACAGAGGUGUGGGCUGAGAUUGGCUGUGCCACUUAAAAUUGUGAGCGGCUGGAAGCUUUCAGAAACAGCAUAGCCCAUCUCCUUCUCUGUCCUCCAGGCUGGGAUAAAAGAGAGAAGCAGCCGCAGCUGUGUUUCCUGUUGCCGUUUUUCUGUGCAUUUUGGUUUGCUGAAUAUGCAUAUGCAACAGGUGGAAGAAUUUUUGGAGAGAAACUGAACUCAAAGCAAGAAGCUUUCUGUUGCAUGUGACUGUCAUGAAAACUGUGGCCUUUUUGGAUUUCUGGUGAUAAGUAGACCUGCUGUGAUAAAGCUGCUCCUUCUUGCAUUCCCCAGCCAUCUGCAGUGAGGCCAGAAUGCCUCCAGGGUAGGAAAAGAGUAAGAACACUUUGGGAAGACUGCUUUUUAGAAGAGGUUGAAGUGCAUCGCAUUACCACAGGGAUCCAGGUCAGAAAUGGAAGUGCAGAGCGGAUGUCUGUGUGGUGACAAGUUUAGCCAAGUGAUGGGCAUUUUGUGUCAUCUGCUCAGAGGGCAGAGAGGAGCAAAAGCAUCUCCUGCCUGGUGUGAGAUAUGUGCAUGAAGUAGCUGUGUGCUAAACCCAGGGUGCCUCCUUAGAGCCUCUGGAAUUCAGUUCAUCUGAGCUGGCAAAAAUUAGCUCAGGUCCACUGAUCUGAGCACACUUCAGUUUCAGCCACAUCUUUAUCUGAAACUGGUUUCCUCAUUUUCUCCAGAGGACUUGAGUGCUACGGCAAGAGCUUUGUCUGACAAGAGCCAGCAUUUUAGGCCUGUUGAGAUGCCUGAGAGUAAAGAUAAACAUCUCAAAGGGUUUGGCACAUACUCAACUACAAGCCUGCACUUGGCCCUGAGGUACCCUUGAGGAUGGGCUGCCAGUGCCCAGGCACUUAGGCUCUCUGCUGUGUAAAAGUGUGGAGAGAUUAGGAAGGGGUUUUUAGAAAUGGAAUACGUUAUUCUAUACUUACAUUUAUUGUUUGCAUUUCCUAAUUUUUACCUUCAGGCCUCUGGAUAUGCAUUUUUGCAUGAGGCUAAAUGAUAAAAAAUAAUCUUGAGUGUCCACACACAGCCCUGUGUGUUGCCUGGUGAAUAUUUAAGUGACCUAUCUAGACCAAGCAGUUCUACUGCACGCAGUAGGCAAAUGCAGAGGGAAACAGAAGACCUGUCCAUGUGACAAUUAUACGUCUGUCCCAAUAUGUGUAAUCCACCCUCUCAGCCUGAUAAACAAGAACCUGUGUGUGGGUUUUGAACAGAAGGUGGCCAUCACCUUCUGAGCUGAGUUGCUGAGCUGCUUCUCUUCAAACACUUCACUUCGCCUGUAGAGCAGUUCUCCCACUCACUGCCAUGUCCACUCCACUGGAGGAUGCCAUGAACACCUUCAUCAGGAUUUUUCAUCACUACUCUGGCAAAGAAGGUGACAAAUACAAGCUGAGCAAAAGAGAACUCAAGGAACUCCUCACCAGAGAGCUGACUGACUUCCUUUCUGGCCAAAACGAUCCUCAUCUUGUUGAUAAGAUUAUGAAUGAUCUGGAUUCCAAUAAAGACAAUGAAGUGGAUUUUAAUGAAUUUAUGACUCUGGUUGCAACUCUGACUGUGGCUUGUAAUGAUUUCUUUGAAGAACAGGUAGAACAAGGAUUUUAAUGAUGCUGGAUACAAUCUGUCUUCUGGUCACAAACGCAAUGAACCAUGACUUGUUAGGUAGUGCUCAUCAGCAUUUGGUGAACAAAAACCAUAAUCACUCCAAUUCCUACUGCUGUAAGACUCUUGUGGACCAGAUCAGCAGCUGGUGUAAGCUGGACCAAAGGCAGCUUACACUACCUGAGGUCUGACUGUUAGUAUUUUCAGCCUUUGCACAGCUUCUAUUUUAGAAGAUUUCUAUUUCAGAACUGUUGGUGAUAUAUAAAAGGAACAUUAAUGUUACUUAAUAGCUUCUGAACUGGAAAAUCUGGAAUGAGUUGUAAAACUUGCAAUUGAGUUUUCAGUCAUUCUGUAAUAGACAUCUUUCUACAGGUCACAAAAUUCAUUUGUUACUUAACCAGUUCUAUUCAUUCUAACUCAGUUGUUGAAUGCUGCUCUGUACUCCCUGCACUCCUGUAUUUCAGACACAGCCACAGCUGCUUUCAUCCACCCAAGCAGAUGUGUACCACCAUGGUUAUGGGUUUGUUUUUCCCACCCCACCCCCCCAGCUUCCAUUUUGUUGUGUGGGCAUUACUACAUCUCAGAAGUCCAGCUCUUCAUUCAAGCACAAAUUAAUUUGUUCAUAUGAUAAAUUAUUCAUAUGUGCAGGGGAUUUAGUCAGCGAGCUGCUCUGAAUGCUGAUGGAAGAACCAGGUCUUCAGGGGAAAGGUAAAUGCCUGCUGCCUUCACUAUUCUGGCACCCAUUAAGAGAAGGGUUUUAGAGGACCACUUGUGGAGGAUGUCAUGAUGAGAUCCCAGUGUACAGCUUCAUCAUGUGAGUCAUCUGAUGGAACAAUGAUUUCAUCUCAUGCAGUUCCAAAUCCCUGCAUGAAUGUGGCACAGAAGGAGGUAGUAGGACCCCACGGCCAGGCACGAAGGGAGAAGGAUGAUCCAUUUCGGUGCUAAUCUGUCUAUGGACUGAAAUACAUCUAUAUCUAAACUCCUGCUUAAACAUGCUUCCAAAUGUCUGCAGUUCUCAGUGGCAGGUUGUCAUGCUUUUGCUUUGCAUGGAGAGCUCUCUUUGUUCUUGUUUUGUUAGUAGCUCAAACUGUAAUAAAAGGUGUUUGAAUUAAGUCAGGAUGUUCUGUUUGUGUAAGUGGUGAAAUAAG